CCCGACCUCCGUUCCUCCACAGUUUAACCCACCGUUACUCAUUUUUUUACGCGCAACCACCAUGGCCUCCCGUGUCACAAAGUUCUCCAAGACGAUCGUCCCUAUGAUGGAUCGCGUCCUUGUUCAACGUAUCAAGCCACAGCAGAAAACCGCAUCAGGCAUCUUCAUUCCCGAGAAAGCUCAGGAGGCUCUGAACGAAGGCCAUGUCAUUGCUGUUGGCAAGGGAGUGGUCACUCAGGAGGGCAAGCUUAUUGCUCCUGAACUCAAGGAGGGUGACAAGGUUUUGUUACCUCCCUACGGUGGCAGCGCUGUCAAGGUCGAUAAUGAGGAGCUCAUUCUUUUCCGCGAGUCCGAAAUCCUUGCUAAGAUUCAAUAGAUCAUUGAGCCCAAUCAUUUUAUUGUUUUUAUUCAAUAUAAUCUUUUCAUUUUAUGCAGAGUGAGAUAUCCAUUAUAUUUUGUUAUUAUUAAUUGGUUUUUAAUGAAAGUGGCACUUGCUGGCCCGCAGCAGAU